AUGCCUUGUACAAGUUGUAUGGUUGACUACUCUAGGAGUAAAAAAGAGUUUGGCUGUGCAAAAUGUAAAUUCAGUUUUUGUCGUAAAUGUCUUCUUUAUGAUGUGGUGAUACCUUCAAUUUCGGCACAACCUGUUCCUGUUUGUUCAAAUUGUUAUUCUUUAUUGGUUUAUUUUUGAUAUUUAAAUUCUGAAGGAGGUUCGGGAUUUUUUCAUUGAAUAAGAAAAAUAUUUUUGGAUUUUUUUCGUUAACUAACGGCUGGAUAUC